CUCGCACACUCCUCUCUCUCGCACGGCCGUCCGUCCGUCCGUCCGUCCUGUCGGCACCUCGCCCGCCCGGCGCACGCACGCAACCCCCCGGCGCCCCCACAUCAUGCUGCCGGCCGCCGGCACGGCAUGGACCCCGGCGGCGGCUGCACGGCUCCUCUCCGCUGCUGAGACCCCCCUGAGGUUUGCGGCAGGUAGCGGGCCGGACGGUUUCCAAGUGCAAUAGGGAAAAGCGGAGGGGCGAGGAAAAGGAUAAAAAAAAAAAAAAAAAGGAAAAAAAAAAAAAAAAAAAAAAAAAGGGAAAAAAAAAAAAGGCAAAGGCCACCAGCCCAGCCAAGCCCAGCUUUGGAUCUCAGUGCAGGUAUUUCUGCUGCUGUGUUCAUCCCUUGCCGCCUAGCACCCCGAUUUUUUUAAUUUUUAUUUUUAAAGGAAAGGAAAAAAAAACAACCAACGAAAAGGAGAAGUCGAACUCUCAAAGGGUUACUAUGCAAUUGCGACUGCUUUCUUGGUUUUUUAUCACUUUGAACUUUAUGGAAUACAUUGGCAGCCAGCACGCCUCCAGGGUACGGCGACAGGGAAGAAUGCAUCCUAACGUGAGCCAGGGUUGCCAAGGAGGGUGUGCUACGUGUUCGGACUACAAUGGAUGCCUGUCAUGUAAGCCCAGACUCUUUUUUGUUCUGGAGAGGAUCGGCAUGAAACAGAUUGGAGUAUGUCUUUCCUCGUGUCCAAGCGGAUACUAUGGGACACGGUAUCCUGAUAUUAAUAAGUGUGCAAAAUGUAAAGCUGACUGUGAAACCUGCUUCACCAGAAACUUCUGCACGAAGUGUAAAAGUGGGUUUUACUUGUACAGUGGAAAGUGCCUUGAAAAGUGCCCUGAUGGGCUGGAAGCUAACAACCACACGAUGGAGUGCGCUAGUAUCGUGCACUGUGAAGCUAGUGAGUGGAGUCCAUGGAGCCCUUGCACAAAGAAAGGAAAAACAUGUGGUUUCAAAAGAGGAAAUGAAAUAAGGGUCAGAGAGAUCGUACAACAUCCGUCAGCAAGGGGCAAUCCUUGCCCAGCUACAAGCGAGAGCAGAAAAUGUAUUGUACAAAGAAAGAGAUGUCAGAAGGAAGGAAAAGGGAAAAAAAAUAGGGAGGAGAAAAGAAAAAAGUCCAACAAAGACGAAAGUAAGGAGACAAGACAGGAAAGCAAAGGGCGAGUAGCCCGAAGACAGAACCGAGAACAGAGGGAAAACAACAACAAAACGCAGCCGAAGAAACGAAAAGCCCCCAAUAAAGAACAGACCCUGGCACCCGUCGACGCUGCACAUUAACAGCCUUCCAUGAUUGUUUAAGUCUUAUGAUGCUGCUAUCUCUACCAGACCGCCCUGACAGGUGCUCCAACCAUUCAGGCCGCAAAUGGACAAUGCUACCAGUUAUUAUUAAACUCUAAACAACAUUCCAAAUACUUCCUAUAUUCUCCAAGCAACCAUAGUUUAUUAAAGAGAUUGAGAUGAGCCAAGAAAUAAAAUCUAAAAAUGGGAUACUUUAAAACUGUUAUAUUAUAUGCUUCCAUGCAUCUGUAAAAGGCAAAUAAGAAUUUUUGUAUAUAUUAAUAAUAGGGUAUAAAAUAUAGCAAUAUAAUAAUGAAUGACAUUCAGAUGAACAAUGUUCUUUUUCUUUGUAAAAUAUUUUUCAAGUUAUUGUUUAAGUAUGAGGCAAGAGAUAUGUCUAAAUCAAAGACGCAAAUCGUAUCCCUUCAUAUAUUGUACAUAAAUAUUAUGAGAAGGAGGAAAACAUUUCUGAAGAGCCAGUAGGAACCCAAGGUUUUAUAACCUCUGGUGGAGCAGAGUGGAUUUGCCUGUGGUUCCCUGGUCCGCGCUCCAGACGUGGGCGAGAAACACCAGGGAAUAGCCUGCAGGGCUUCAAAAGCUGAGGGAAAAGAAACAGAAACAUCUGCAGCUUUGAAGACUGAAUCCCUGAGGUAGAAAGUGACGGUGCUGAGCUUGAAUAGCGCUGUUAUCUAUGGGACAACACAAUGUUUUCUGGUCUAAACAGUGGUACAGUGUGUGCUGUUUUAUGCUUUUUAUACCUAUGUGUAACUUAAGUCUACAUUUCAAAUCUUCUGGUGACUGACAAAUCGUAUUUGUAGGAGACAAUGUUGAGUUAAUAAAAAAAAAAAAAAAAAAA